GAGUGCAGUGGCGUGAUCUCAGCUCACUGCAACCUCUGCCUCCUGGGUUCCAGCGAUUCUCCUGCCUCAGCCUCCCGGGUAGCUGGGACUACAGGCAUGUGCCACCAUGCCCUGCUAAUUCUGUAUUUUUCGUAGAAAUGAGGUUUCACCAUGUUGGCCAGGCUGGUAUCGAACUCCUGACCUCAGGUGAUCUGUCCACCUCAGCCUCCCAAAGUGCUGGAAUUAUAGGCAUAAGCCACCACGCCUGGCCUCCCCACCUUUUUUUUUUUUGAGACGGAGUCUCAUUUUGUCGCUUAGGCUGGAGUACAGUGGCAUGAUCUUGGCUCACUGCAAACUCUGCCUCCCAGGUUCAAGCAAUUCUUCUGCCUCAGCCUCACAAGUAGCUGGGACUACAGUCAUGUACCACCACGCCCAGCUAAUUUUUGUAUUUUUAUUAGAGAUGGGGUUUCACUGGUCUCAAACUCCUGACUUCAAAUGAUCCUCCCACCUUGGCCUCCCAAAGUGUUCGUGUUACAGGCAUGAGCCACACCCAGCCUCCCAAUUUUUUUUUUUUUUUUGAGACAGAGUCUCGCUCUGUCGCCCAGGCUGGAGUGCAGUGAGUGGCGCGAUCUUGGCUCACUGCAUCCUCCACCUCCCGAGUUCAAGUGAUUCUUCUGCCUCAGCCUCCCAGUAACUGGGAUUACAGGUGCACACCACCAUGCCUGGCUAAUUUUUGUAUUUUUAGUAGAGACAAGGUUUUAGCAUGUUGGCCAGGCUGGUCACAAACUUCUGAUCUGAAGUGAUCCACUCGCCUCAGCCUCCCACAGUGCUGGGAUUACAGGCAUGAGCCACCAUGCCUGGCCCCCAUUUGAGUUUCUUAGCAUCUUAUCAAAUAGCAAUUGUGACAGUUUAUUUCUGGACUGUCAGUUCUAUUCAAUUGACUUAUAUAUCUAUCUUUAAGCCAGUAUCACACUUUCUUGGUUCCUGUAUGUUUGCAUUAAGCUUCCAAAUUGUGCAGUGUGAUUUCUUCAAUUUUUUUCUUCUUUUUCAGGCAUUUACUUUUUUUUUUUUUUUUUGAGACAUAUCUCCCUCUGUCGCCCAGGCUGGAGUGCAGUGGUGGGAUCAUGGCUCACUGUAGCCUUGACCUCUCCAGGAUCAAGUGAUUCUCCCACUUUAGCUUCCCCAGUAGCUGGGACUACAGGUGUGCACCAUCACGCCUGGUCAAUUUUUGUAUUUUUGUAGAGACAGUGUUUCAGUAUGUUGCCCAGGCUGGUCUCAAACUCCUGGGCUCAAGAGAUCCUCCUGCUUUGGCCUCCCAAAGUGCUGAGUUUACAGGUGUGAGACACAUUGCCCUGCUUGAAUUUGUUGAUUGCAUCUCCAUGGUGUUAUUUAACAUGUUCUUCUGUCAUGUUAUUUUAUUUUAGUCAUUCAACAGUGUGAUCUAAUUUAGGGCCACUUUUACAGCAGGAAUAAUUUACAGGUGGUGUGUGUGUUUCCAGAGUCAGAACAUGUUUGGUUUAUGCUCUUGGUGAUAUUCAGGGCUAUCAGUGAUCCUCUCCUGGAUCAUUUUUUAAUUAGAAGUGAUUUGUGUUUUGAAAGGGUCACUUGGGUUGCUGGGGGGUGUAUUAUAUAUGAGUAACAGGGUUCUUAUAAGGACGGAGUCGGAUAAUCGUGCAACAGAGCACUUGGUGCUAUUCCUGGCACUCAAUGACUGUAUUGUUGUUGUUGUUAUUGUUAGAGCUGUGUGUGGGGGACCCAAGUCCUGAGCUCGGAGGCAUUUUCUGGCCAGGGCUGUUUCCUCCCUUCUCCCCUGCCUCUGGAAAAGUCUGCAGUGCCCCAGGGCUCUGGGAGGCAUGUUCAGGACUGCAGCAGCCAUCUCUGUGCACCUGGUGGGGCCCCUUCGGGGAAGGAAGGCUGGAACCCCACUCACUCGGUUCUUGCACCAGACUGUAAGUGCCCUAACCCCAAUACUCUGCCACCUGCAUGGCCUGGGGCUUCUGGGGUCUGGCUCGUUCCUGGCUUCAAAGCUGUGCAUGAGCCUUCUCUUUCAGGGAGCACUCUUUAACUGCAGCCUGUAUGUGGGUUUCUCCGUUGCCCCUGCUUCUGUAGUCUAGAACUUGUAGCUCUGCAUCUGAAUAGUCGGCUUGGGCGCUGUAGGGUGCUGCUUCCCAUGAUCCCCUGUGCCCAUCCCAGAACCCAGUACAUGGUAGGGGCUCAAUAAAUGUCAACUGAGCCAGGCGCGGUGGGGUUCCCGGACCAUGGAAGACCUGGCACUUACUCAAAUGGUCCCCAAGGCCCCUCCAGGACAGGGGGGCCUGGUGUUGAGAUUACUGUGGCUGCCACCCUGACCAGGUCCUUGCCAGCUUCUCCUCUGACCUUGGGCAGGUACCUGAGCCUCUUUGAGCCUCAGUGUCCUCAUCUGUUAGAUGGAGACUAUUGUGGCACCUCUAGUGAGAGUGCAGUGGGAACUGAGCGAGGUGGAACUGAGCAAAAUCCUGAGCCAGGGUUCACUAUUGGCCACAGCAGGCGGCUGAGAAGAAUGUUGGAUCCCCGGCUCCAUGGCCCACCAGCCAUCUGGGACUGGCAAACCCACAGGAACGGAAGGUUCCUCAGGGACCACAAAGCCCAUGCGAGGUCCCUGCUGCUGAAGGGAUUCUGAGGACGGGAGGAGCCAAAUUACCUAUCCAGGGUCACCCAGCCAAGGCGGGUUAGGACCUGAGUUUGGUGGCUCUCAGGUCUGGCCAGUCAGUUUCUUUUUUUUUUUUUUUUGGUGGAGUCCUGCUCUGUUGGGUCAGGCUGGAGUGCAGUGGCACGAUCUUGGCCCACUGCAAUCUCCACCUCCCAGGUUCAAGUGAUUCUCAGGCCUCAGCCUCCUGAGUAGCUGAGAUUACAGGCAUGUGUCACGAUGCCCAGAUAAGUUUGUUGUUUUUUUUUUCCCCCAGACUGAGUUUCGCUCUAAUGCUCAGGCUGGAGUGCAGUGGUGUGCUCUCGCCUCACUGCAAUGUCUGCCUCCCAGGUUCAAGCGAUUCUUGUGCCUCAGCCUCCUGAGUAGCCGGGAUAACAGGUGCGUGCUACCACGCCCAGCUAAUUUUUGUAUUUUUAGUAGAGAUGGGGGUUUCACCAUGUUGGCCAGGCUGGUCUCGAACUCCUGACCUCAGGUGAUCUGCCCGCCUCAGCCUCCCAAAGUGCUGGGAUUACAGGCAUGAGCCACUGUGCCUAGCCCCUGGCCAGUUUCUGCACACCAGUGGCUGAGGAGGGAGCUGGCCUGGGAGGAACACCGGGAGGGGAGGGGCGAGCCAGGAGCCAGGACCCUGGGACCCUCUGAGGAGUGGAUUAGUGCCUCCCUCAGAGUUAGGACAUGGCCUUGGGUCCAACAGGCCUAAGUCUGAGUGUGUGUGUUGUGUGGCCUUAAACACAUCACUCCCUCUCCUGCACCCUCCAGCCUCUGUUUUCCACCUUCUGUUUUCUCAUUGAUAAGAUAGGCCUGACCAGGUCAUUCAGGGAAUGAAAUGGAAGGCUUAGCAAGACCUCUGUAAGUGGAGGCUGCUGCUGUCACUGUUGCCAUUAUCCUCCCUCUCUGCUCCACCCACCUCCUGCUCCUCUUCUUUAACCCUCAGCCCUUCCUGAGUCAAACUUUAACCUGGCCAAGUCAGGGCUCUGUCUCAGGACACAUGGAGCCAGGGCUGGAAGUCUCCACUGGGCAGGCGCCAGGCAGCCCCUGCAGGUUGGGGAGGUGGAGGCUGCUGGAGUCAAGAGGAGCCAGACAGGAUGGCGCUGUGGCCUGAAAGCAGCUGUCCCUCCUGUGUGCAAGCUCAGACCGCUGCACCCAGACAGAUUCCAUCUCUGACCUUCCACUUGUUCGUCUCCAGCUCACCAUGGCCAAACAGCUGCAGGCCCGAAGGCUAGAUGGGAUCGACCACAACCCCUGGGUGGAGUUUGUCAAACUGGCCAGUGAGCAUGAUGUCGUGAACUUGGGCCAGGGCUUCCCGGAUUUCCCGCCCCCAGACUUUGCCGUGGAAGCCUUUCAGCACGCUGUCAGUGAAGACUUCAUGCUCAACCAGUACACCAAGGCAUUUGGUUACCCACCACUGACGAAGAUCCUGGCAAGUUUCUUUGGGAAGCUGCUGGGUCAGGAGAUGGACCCGCUCAGGAAUGUGCUGGUGACUGUUGGUGGCUAUGGGGCCUUGUUCACAGCCUUCCAGGCCUUGGUGGACGAAGGAGACGAGGUCAUCAUCAUCGAACCCUUUUUUGACUGCUACGAACCCAUGACAAUGAUGGCAGGGGGUCGCCCUGUGUUUGUGUCCCUGAAGCCGGGUCCCAUCCAGAAUGGAGAACUGGGUUCCAGCAGCAAUUGGCAGCUGGACCCCACGGAGCUGGCCAGCAAAUUCACAUCAUGCACCAAAGCCCUGGUCCUCAACACCCCCAACAACCCCCUGGGCAAGGUGUUCUCCAGGGAAGAGCUGGAGCUGGUGGCCAGCCUGUGCCAGCAGCAUGACGUGGUGUGUAUCACUGAUGAAGUCUACCAGUGGAUGGUCUACGAUGGGCACCAGCACAUCAGCAUUGCCAGCCUCCCUGGCAUGUGGGAACGGACCCUGACCAUCGGCAGCGCCGGCAAGACCUUCAGCGCCACUGGCUGGAAGGUGGGCUGGGUCCUGGGUCCAGAUCACAUCAUGAAGCACCUGCGGACCGUGCACCAGAACUCCAUCUUCCACUGCCCCACACAGAACCAGUUCCCGCAGGCCAUGCAGCGCUGCCGAGACCACAUGAUACGCAGCCUACAGUCGGUGGGCCUGAAGCCCAUCGUCCCCCAGGGCAGCUACUUCCUCAUCACAGACAUCUCAGACUUCAAGAGGAAGAUGCCUGACUUGCCUGGAGCUGUGGAUGAGCCCUAUGACAGACGCUUCGUCAAGUGGAUGAUCAAGAACAAGGGCUUGGUGGCCAUCCCUGUCUCCAUCUUCUAUAGUGUGCCACAUCAGAAGCACUUUGACCACUAUAUCCGCUUCUGUUUUGUGAAGGAUGAAGCCACACUCCAGGCCAUGGACGAGAAACUGCAGAAGUGGAAGGUGGAGCUCUAGCCCUGAAGUCACGCCUUGGCCCUGACAUCCCCACAUGCCCGCAGAGAUCCUCUUUGAGUGUCUGUCUUUGUCCAGGUUUCAGACAUUUCUAGGUUGGGGAAGAUGCUAUUGGGAAACCUCUUCUCUGUGACACGGAAUGUUCUGGGUGGGAGCCGCCCUUCUUCAUCUUAGAGAACCAAGUGCCUCCUGUCUGAAAGGUGAGGGUGGCCUGACCUGGGCCUCUCCCUGCCCUUCCGUAGGUGGGUUUUUAGGGUCUUGUGUUGCUUCUGGUCUCUCCAGGCUUGGCUGAGACCGACGGUAGAGUUCCACCAUGUAUCGAUCACAUCCCAGCCCUGCAUGGCCCCUGCUAAGGCUCAGGCAUAACCUCACCUUUCCUGGCCCAUCUUGGCUUUGGGGAGUUGCCUUUAGACUUGAGUCCUCAAGCCACUCCUUUUUGUCCAUAAUAAAAUGUUUAAGUUAUUCAGAUCCUUAA